AUGCCGGAGCAGCCGCUCAAGAUCGCAAGCUAUGCUGCUGGAGCGUCACUGGCUGCCAUCACUCUUGUCUACGUCUUUGCCCCGACCUUUUUUAUCGACGGGGAGUCCGCGACCAGUAAUGCCAGCUCGCGCAAGAAGACCAUAGUCGGUCUUUCCAACCCGGCAAACGAUUGCUUCAUAAAUUCAGUCCUCCAAGCGCUGGCAGGACUGGGAGAUCUGCGGAUUUACCUUAUUCGAGAGACGCAUAGGAGGAGACUCGAUGGACCGGAAGUCUAUGCGCACCUGGUGGAGGAUCCUGCGAGGAAAAAUAUGCCAGCCUGGAAAAUAGAGGGGUUGCAAGCUGGCGCAGUUACCAAGGGCUUGAAAGAUAUUCUCAAUUCUUUGAACGAGAGGCCCAUAUACAAGAAGACCAUAUCUGCAGGACCCUUUGUCGUGGUUCUGGAACAGUCGUUCAAGCAAAGAAUAAGUCGGCAGCAGCAGGAUGCGCAAGAAUUUCUUCAAGUUGUAGCCGAACGUUUGUGUGAUGAGUACCACGCGGGACACAGAGCAAGGAAACAUGCAUAUCAGGCACAAAGUGAGGCGAAUGUCCAUCAAUUAGAGGACGGUUCUGUAAAGCAGGAUUUAGAGGGCAUUUCGUUGCAUGAUCCGGAAGCCCGGAGUACCCCUCAAAUUUUGGUACCUUCAGCAUCUUCACAGAAUGGAAGCGCCUCAGUAUCACAAUCCGAAAAUGGAGAGAGACGUGAGGCGGCUCCGGAAAAGGAAGAAGGGUUUCCAUUGGAAGGCGGCUCCGAAUCGCAGAUCGAGUGUCUAACUUGUGGCUUCAAGCCAACACCAAGUAAAAGCACAUUCUGCUCACUCACACUGAGCGUUCCGCAAGUCAGCUCGACAACACUUAGUACUUGCUUCGAUCAGAUGUUCAAGACCGAAUAUAUCGAGGAUUUCAAGUGUGAGAAAUGUCGACUUAUCCACGCAAUAGAUACCUAUGAACAAGAGCUCACAAGGUCUACAUCUGAUAAAUUCAAGGCCAAAACACAGAUACUAAUCGACAAGAUCCAACGCGCCAUCGAUACCAAUCCGGAAGAGGAACUCAAUGGCGUGGACUUGCCAGAUAGAAAAUUUGCACCCAAGCGCAAGAUCGCUAAGCACACAAGAAUCACCGAUUUCCCGAAAGUAAUGGCUAUCCAUCUCUCCAGAUCUAUUUUCGACGCUGGACGAUCUACUUUGAAGAACUCCGCAAAAGUCUCCUUUCCGGAAAGGCUACCGCUAGGUGGUCUUGUGAACCAGCACUUCUACAGACUCUCAAGUGUUGUCUGCCACAAAGGCAGCCAUCAUUCCGGGCACUACGAAUCUUUUCGGCGGCAGACCCUUUCAGCUCCUUUCUCAACGCCGAAUACCUUCCAGCCAGCAGGUGUUUAUAGCAAGCCUCCCACCCCCAACAUAUCUCAGAUGCCAACACCACAGAUAAGAGCUGCACAACAACCAGAGGAGCCGGGUACAGACAUCAGCACCCUGUCUUCAACUCCCGAAUUACUCUCACCAUCAUCUGCUGCUUCUUCUUCUCCCUCGUUACCAUACCUCAAUGGUGAAGUCAAUGGUGAAGAAAUACUCCGCCCCAACGACCGCGCAUCGAGCUCAGCGUCAGGCUCAAUAUCUACAUCUACAACUGUCAAAAGCUUCGGUCCAACGUCCGCUCCCCGUGGUUCGGACACAGCCAGUAUCCGCUCCAUAGCACGCUCCACGCGCUCGGCAAUCUCCAGCAAGCUCACCCGCUCAAAAGACUCUUCUUCAUCCACCCCGUCACCCACGCCACAAGAGAAUGGAUCCCGCACAGAGGAGAAUUCAGAUGCUGCAGCGGCGCAGAAGAGGAGGAAAAGCAAGCAUAGCAAUCGUUGGUGGAGGAUCAGCGACGAUAAGGUCAAGGAGAGUAAGACGAGUGAUGUUCUAGGCAUGCAGAGAGAGGUAUACUUGCUAUUCUAUGAGUUGGAGAGAGAUGAUUGGUGA